CUUCAAAUUAAUCUUCUUUCGCCGAACAAUGAAUUUUCUAUAUUUAGUUGAAAAUGUCACGGUGCAUACGUCUCAUGACUUGCCAUACAAAACUCGGUAAACAGAAAAAGGUCAAGCUUGCGUGGGUAUCAAUCGACGCUUUCCAUAAAAGGCAAACAUUUUUUUUUGGAUAAGGGCCGAGACGGCUCGUCAUCUCGCCUCGUUCAAGGAAUGCACGUGACGUGAUGCCCGGAGCUAAGCAUAAUGCAAUAUGGACUGGCGAAAUGGUUGAUCAUGUUCUUUCAUGAUGAUGUUGGAUCUCUUUCGGAUAGAAUAUACUGCCAACUCGCUUGAAAAAUACAGUCGUACUUUUUGGAUCGGCCUCGGUGUGUCGGUAGUAACCAACCUUAUCCAGGCAUUCGCCAUGGCUUUUCAACGGAAAUCACAUAUUGCCAAUGACCGACGACCAAUUGAUCAACGGAUAAGCUCUUUCAGACGGCCGCUAUGGCUGGCUGGAUUUCUUAGUUAUCUUGCUGCCAAUAUCAUUGGCUCCGUAUUUUCGAUCGGAUAUUUACCCAUUGUUAUACUGGCACCUAUUGGAGCCAUGAACCUCGUAUUUAAUGCAAUAGCAGCGAGGUUAAUUCUCGGUGACCCAUUCACAACCAAAAGCGUCUUAGGAACCCUGUUGAUUGCGAUAGGGGCCUUAUUGGUGGGAUUAUUCGGAGUCAUUCAAGAACCGAACCACAGUUUGGAAGAUUUGAUUCAGUUGUAUAAAAAGCCGGCCUUUAUUAUUUAUUUCAGCAUCAUGGAAGCGGUAAUUGUCUCGAUGAUGGUCAUUACGCAUCUUAUGGAGUAUCGAUACCACAGCAUGGGAGGCGUCGGAGGAAAAUGGCUGGGAUGCGUCAUUGAACCUGCCAAAUUAAAAAUGACCAUUGGCAUGAGUUAUGGUGUUUUAGGAGGCAAUAUCAGUAGUCAAAGCAUGCUAUUUGCCAAAAGCGGGAUUGAACUGAUCAUCAUCAGUUUGGUGUCCAAGAACAAUCAGCUUCAAUAUGCGUUGACAUGGAUUUUACUGAGUAUGAUGAUAUUGACAGCUGCCAUGCAAUUGUACUAUCUCAACAAAGGUUUACGAUUAUGCGAUACCACUAUUUUGGUCCCCUUAUCAUUUUGUGCGUUCAAUGUAUCUUGUCUUUUCAACGGUCUCGUCUACUAUGAUCAAUGGGACAGGUUGCGGUGGUGGCAACUUUUAUGCGUCCUGGUUGGUGUUGCCAUCACGGUAGGCGGGGUGUUGUUACUGACGUGGCGUACCGGUGCGGCCAAUAUGCAAGAAGAAACUGUAGUGGCCAGUUUAUCCCCCCAAGACGAUGAUACUGAGCGACGAGCAUCCGUGGACGAAACGACUCAUCUACUGGCUAGACCCAGUGUUUAAGAAUGUGAGAUUGCAGCAGUCAAGCCAUGCUCAUGUAGACAGACGCCAUAAAUAAAGACAUAGACAGACAGAGAGACCGACUGCUUUUUUGAAUGAGUGGUGGGGAUUGAAUGAUGAAGCGCACGGUGCAGGUGAUUCGUUUUUCGCGGAGCAAAGCGUGACGUUUUUCUUGGUUGAGUUGCAAGGCGUCCCAAUGGAUUCGAAUGUCUCAGUUUUUUCCAACAUCCGCUGAGUGGGCACCCCAAC